AUGGAGAAAGAUCAAGAAAAUCAUCCGGAUUCAAUGAUGGAAGAUGACCAAAAUUCAGACGGAGCUGAAACUGUGGCGCCGACGGGUGGUUCCGCCGACAAACCACUGCCGGUGAAAAUCAAGUUUCCAAACGUGAAAGAACGCAUGGACGAGGAUAAUAUGAAGGAUGGCCCAAAAGUGAAGGAUCAUUGCUGUGUGGUAUGCAAAAGGAGUUUUAGCUCUGGCAAGGCAUUGGGAGGUCACAUAAGCAGUGCUCAUGCUCAAACCAACAGAGAUUUCUCCCUCAAGAAGCUGAAACCAAAGAAAAAGAGGCGGCCGAAGCAACUUGUGGGCUUCGGUUCUCCUUCUGGCUAUGGCGGAAAAAAUAUUUGUAAGAUCUGUGGGAGGGGUUUUCUUACAAACAAGUCCUUAUUUGGGCACAUGAGGAGCCAUCCUGAUAGGGAGUGGAGAGGGAUGGAGCCACCAGCUGAAGCGGCGAGAAAGUUUUCUGAGCAUGAAUUUGAGGCUAUGAAUAAGGUACCUUUGCUUGUUCUUGAUCCUGAUCAGAUUGAUUCAGGUCCUGUGGUGACUUCUGAGGCGAUUGGUUUGAAUAAAACUGUGAAGUGGCUGGUGAUAGGUAAGCGUGGCCGGGCGCCAGCUAAGCCAGUCAAUGAAUCGCCGCCUUUUCCGAAUUCGAAGGAAAUUCUAGCUGUUCAACAACUCAUAAGGCUUGUCAAUGGAGAUUCUACUAAACCUAGUGAAGAUCUGAAUUCCAAGGUUAAGGAAGGUGAAGUCACCAGCAGCAAUUAUUGGAUUCCUGAGGGUGAAACUGAUUAUUUUAAUCAGAAUUUUCAAUUGAAAAAGAAAAGAGAGAAGGCGUUUCCAGUUGGAGAUGAAGGGAAUUCUCCAGUUGAAAAGCUGAAAAUUUGGGAAAGAACUGAUGAAAACCCUGGUAGUCCACAAUCCAAAAGAUUCCUUCAUAAAGGCGAAGGAAAGGGAAAAUUGAAUCCUGAAAUUUCAAUAAGUUCAGAUUAUUCACCAGAUAUGUUUGAUGAACCUCACAAACAAGGUACCAAUGGCUCUAUGAUAAUCAAGAAUAGGACUACAGAAGAGAAGAAAUCAGUAGAUCAAGAAUUGCCACCAAAUUUCAGCCCCAUCGGACCGGCGACCAAAUCUGUUCUUCCAGCUGUGACACCUGAUAAGUACAUUUGCAGCAGUUGUGGCAAGAGUUUUACCACACCCCAAGCACUAGGUGGGCACAGAUCAAGCCACAAAAAGUUCAAAGUGAAGAUUUACAAUACCAUUGAUGAUCAGUCUUCAAAUGAAGCUUCUUAUGCUUUUGGAGUUCAGAAUCAAUGUCAUUCCACUGGUGAGUGCAAUCGUGCUGAUCAUGUUACCCCUACAGACAAGGCGAAAAAAGAGCAUAAAGUUUUCGAGUUCGAUCUAAAUGAGAGGCUUAACCAGGAUGAUGAAGGUGGGAUGGAGCCUGCAUCGGCAGCUGUUCCGGUAAAUGCACCCAGCGCCCAUGCAUAA